AUGUGGAUUUUGUCAUGGAAUACAAGAGGUAUGAACUCUAAUGUGAAAUUUUCAGAACUUAGAAGGUUUAUUCGGACUUAUAGAAUUGAAUUUGUGUUAUUACAAGAGACAAAGAAGGAGGAUAUUAAGGAUGUAGAAAUAAGCAGAUUAUGGUGUGACGAUGAAUUUGAUUUUAAAUUUUCGAAAGCAAUGGGAAGAUUUGGGGGUUUACUGACUGUUUGGGAUAAAAAUAGUUUUCAGAUUCUUGAUAGCCUAAUUACAGAAAGGUUCAUUUUGAUUGAAGGGAAGUAUGCCUUAGAUGAUUCGAUAUGUUCUGUUUUGAAUGUUUAUGCACCUUGUGAAGUUUCUGAACAAAUUCCAUUAUGGAAUGUAAUUGUGGAAGCUAGGAGGAAAUACAAUAAUAAAUGGUUCAUGGCGGGUGAUUUUAAUGCAAUUAGAAAUCUUAGUGAGAGAAGUGGGUGUUCCUACAGACAAACACAGAUUGCAGCUUUCAAUGAGUUCAUAGAAGAAUGUAAUCUUGUUGACAUGCCUUUAUCAGGGAGGAAAUUCACUUGGUUUGGGCUAGCAAAUAGAAAAAGUCGAUUGGAUAGGAUUCUUGUUGAGGAUGAAUGGUUUCAAGUAAAUAGUGAUGUAUCUCUACUGGGGUUGCCGAGAACGGUCUCGGAUCAUAUUCCUAUUUUAUUAGGGAAGGAGACGAUAGAUUGGGGGCCUAGACCAUUUAAAUUGGUAAACAACUGGUUAAAACAGGAGAGUUGCACUGAAGUUAUCAAGAAGGUAUUUCAGCAAGAAGAAGCAAGAGAUGAAGAAUUAAGUGUGAAGUUAAGGAGAGUGAAAGAAGAACUUAAGAGAUGGAACACUCAAUGUUACUGGAAUGUUGACAGUGAAGCAAAGAAAUUGGAGAAGAGGAUCAACGAGCUGGACGGGAAAUGA